AUGGUCACAAGGGUACGUGCGGUGGGAGACUGCAGCGAUCUGGCGGAUUUGAGUGUGGAUUACUUGGAGAGGAUAACGGAGGAGCUGAAGGGGGCGGGGGUGAUGACGGAAGCCCUCGUGGAGAGGGUGACGAGCCUUUUGAGCGGGGUGGUCACCAACCAGCAGACGUGUCUCGACGGCCUGGUCGAGGCCCAGAGCCGGUUCGAUCAGGCCAUCGGCGCUCCGCUGUCUGAUCUCACGCGCCUCUACAGCGUCUCGCUGGGGCUUGUGACUCACGCGCUCGACAAGAACCUCAAGAGGUACAAAGGCUCUCAGAAGAAGAUCUUCGGCGGUGGUCAUAAUCUUGUUCGUGAGCCUCUCGAGACUUUGAUCAAGGUAUUGCGCAAAACAUGCGACAAGGAAAAAGAGUGCGGCCGGAGAGUGGAACGGAGCACGGAGGAGCUCGGCCAGACCAGCGGCGGCUCCGUUCUCGUCCGGGAGGCGGUGAUCGUCGGCCCGAACGAAUCCGACAACUUCACGACAAUCUCCGCCGCCGUGGCCUCCGCUCCGAACAACACGAACCCGGAGGACGGCUACUUCGUGAUCUACGCAAGGGAAGGCCUCUACGAGGAGUACGUCGUCGUGCCUAAGAACAAAAGGAACGUUCUGCUCGUCGGAGACGGCAUUAACAAGACGAUUAUUUCGGGGAAUCACAGUUUCGUCGACGGCUGGACUACGUAUAAUUCUUCCACCUUCGGUAGAUAAAUAAUGGAAUCUUCAUCGGCGGUGGACGUGACGUUCAGGAACACGGCCGGGCCGCAGAAGCAUCAGGCCGUGGCCUUGAGGUGUAAUGCCGACUUGUCCACGUUCUAUCGGUGUAGCUUCGAGGGUUAUCAAGAUACCCUCUACGUUCAUUCCCUUAGACAGUUCUACCGCGAUUGUGAUAUUUACGGUACGAUUGAUUUUAUAUUCGGAAACGCCGCUGCAGUCUUCCAAAACUGUAACUUAUAUGCCCGAAAACCAUUGGAAAAUCAAAAGAACGCAUUCACGGCCCAGGGACGGACCGACCCUAACCAAAACACGGGAAUCUCAAUCCACAACUGCACGAUCCAGGCGGCUCCCGACCUAGCAGCCGACCCGAACUCGACCCUGACGUUCUUGGGACGGCCGUGGAAACCGUACUCGCGCACGGUUUACAUGCAAUCGUACAUCAGCGAGGUGGUCCAGGCGGAGGGAUGGCUCGAGUGGAACGGUACGACCGGGCUGGACACGAUCUUCUACGGUGAGUACGAGAAUAUCGGACCGGGGUCUAACACGAGCUCUAGGGUUCAGUGGCCCGGUUACAGUUUGAUGAACUUGACUCAGGCCAUGAACUUCACGGUCUAUAACUUGACAAUGGGCGACACCUGGUUGCCUCAAACGGAUAUUCCCUUCUGUGGAGGAUUGGUUCACAACGAGUAAAUGAAAGAUCGAUUAUGUUAUAUAUAUGUUGGACGUUAUUGGAUUCGAUUAAUUCUUGUUAUCUGGAUUUCAUAUUUACUUUUUGUCGCUGUAAUAAUCUCGAUAUAUGGUUUUGUCGGUGUAUUCGGGAAAUUAAGGUGUAAUUGUGGUUCUUAAUUUCAUAUAUUUAACUA